CUGGACACCGAGUACGCCGCCACACGUCAUUGGCGUUAGCUGCUAACGUUAGCCGGCGGAACCGGAAGUGCGUCUCCGCGCUGACGUCAUCACAACGCGUCAUGGCGGAGCUCCGUGAGGAGGCCGCCGCUCAGCUGCACGAGGAGGACGAGUCCGAAAAACAUGACAGACAUGUCUCCAUCCAGGCUACCCUGGAGUCCUUGGAGAGCCUGGUGGACCUCACCUCCGCGGGCAGGAAGUCGUGUCCCCUGUGUCCGGAGGACAAGUUCAAGUCCAGCUACAGCCACAAGCUGAGGCGCCACCUGUCCAACCUGCACUGGAAGGUCUCCGUGGAGUUCAAAGGUCUCAGGAUGUGUAUCUGCCACCUGCCCUGCAGACCCCUGAAGACCGGGUCCGGGUCUGGGUCCGGGUCCGGUCCGGACCAGGCCGGCGGCCGCCACGGCGCCCACUACCACUGCGUGGUGUGUUCAGGGACCAUCGGCCGGCGCACCGACAUGGUGGGACACCUGCGUCGCCACGGCAACCGGGGGGAGACGGAGGGCAGUUACCCCGGCAACGCAGAGCCCGCCCACCAGGGGGAGGGGUUCCACCGGAUGAACGAGUCGAAUGUCGACAUCCAGGUUCUGCCGAACUUCGGUUCUCCUCAGCGGAGCGACACGUACUUCAACAGCAAGAUGAAGAUCAACAGGCAGCUGGUUCUCUGCUGCGUCUCAGUUCUCUCUCUGGAACGUCCCCUGGACUGCCUGGACGCCUUCGGAGCCACAGGCAUCAUGGGACUGCAGUGGGCCACGCAGCUGCGCGGCGCCGUGCGCGUCACCAUCAAUGACAUCAGCGACGUGUGCGUGAGGAACAUCCGGGACAACUGCAGCCUCAACCGGGUGACCCCCAAGGCCCCGCCCCCCGACCCCAAGGCCCCGCUCCCCGACCCCGACGGGCCGCCGCCCGCCGCCGGGGUCGCGGUGGAGGUCGCCAAGAUGGACGCCAACGUCAUCAUGCACCUGAGGGCCUUCGACUACAUACACCUGGAUCCGUUCGGUUCUCCCGUCAACUUCCUGGACUCCGCCUUCCGGAACGUGCGCAACCUGGGCGUGGUCUCGCUCACGUGCACAGACACGGGCACGCUGUACGCCAAGACGCCCGACGUCACGCUGCGUCACUACGCCGCCCGGGUGGUCCGCACCGAGUACUACAGGGAGCUGGGGGUGCGCGUGGUGGUGGGGGCGGCGGCCAGGGCCGCGGCUCGCUGUAACAAAGGAAUCCAGGUUCUGCUGGCCGCUCUGGAGCACCUGGUUCUCGUCGUCCGGGUUCUGCGCGGACCGUCGCAGGCCGACGAGUCGAUCCGGAAGCUGCGGACGCUGACGCACUGCCAGUGGUGCGAGGAGCGGAGUCUGGGCGACUCGCUGCCCUGCGGCUGUGACGGAACUCUUCCUGGGAAGACGGCGGUGCAGCUCGGCCCCCUGUGGGCCGGCUCUCUGUUCUCCAGCCACUUCCUGAAGAAGAUGCUAACGGCGGAGCAGCGCGGCCUGGACGACGCCGCGCCGCUCAUCAAGACGCUGCUGGCCGAGGCCGAGUGUGGGGGCGGGGCACCGAGGCAGACGACCAAUCAGAGCCCACAGGUCAGCCCUUCAUAGUAUCAGAGGAAAACAUGUUUGUUCCAUUAUUUUUCUCUUAUUUUGAAGUGACUUCCUGUUUCCCCUCCAGUCCCCAAGAGGCGCCGGGCUGAGAAGUGGGCGGAGACCAAGUGGGCGGAGCAUCCGCCGUUCUACUACAGCAUCCACCGCCACAGCAUCCGCGGGAAGAACAUGCCCAGACUGAACCGGUUCCUGCAGUACCUGACCGACGCCGGGUUCCGCUGCAGCCGCACGCACUUUGACCCCACCGGGGUUCGAACCGACGCCACGCUGACCCAGUUCAAGGAGGUGCUAGCUCAGCACAGCGCUCCCACAGCUAACGCUAGCAGCCACGAGAGCGGCUAACAUCCACUGCUAGCAUAGCUAAUGCUAGCAGCCAGGAGAGCAGCUAACAUCCACUGCUAGCACAGCUAACGCUAGCAUCCAGGAGAGCGGCUAGUGUUAGCAAUACUAGCUUGACACAGUGCGCCCAAUGCAAACACGGCUAAAGCUAGCCACCAGGAGAGUGGCUAGUGUCUGCUGUCCUAGCUCGAUACAGCACGCCUAAUGCUAACACAGCUAAUGCUAGCUAGUGGCGAGCCCCUGCGUGAACCCUGGACAGGAAGCCCCGCCCCCAAAAACUCAAUAAAAAGGUUUUAUUU